AGCCGCCAUUUCCAUCUAAGCCAUCCUAGGGGGUAGCCUCGGGGCUCCGUGGCAGCGGUGUGUGGGCCUGCUCACCGGAAGAUCUCACCGUAGCCAUGAGCAGUAAAACUUGCUUUAAGUGUGGACGCCCUGGCCACUGGGCCCGGGAGUGUCCUAAAGGAGGAACUCGUGGGCGAACACCAAGAAGUCGUGGCCGAGGUCCUCAAUGCAGCUCCGCUAGCCAAUCUGACAUCUGUUAUCGCUGUGGUGAAACUGGUCAUUAUGCCAAGGACUGCGAUUUUCUCCAGGACACCUGCUACAACUGCGGGAAAAGAGGCCACAUCGCUAAAGACUGUACCCAGGCUAAACGAGAGAGGGAGCAGUGCUGUUACAUCUGCAGCCGGCCUGGUCAUCUGGCUCGUGAUUGUGACCGGCCGGAAGAACAGAAAUGCUACACUUGCGGCGAAUUCGGGCACAUCCAGAAAGACUGCACCCAAAUCAAGUGCUAUAGAUGUGGUGAGAAUGGUCACAUGGCGGUGAACUGCAGCAAGGCGAGCGAAAUGAACUGCUACCGCUGUGGCGAGUCUGGACAUCUAGCACGUGAAUGCCCCAUUGAGGCUACUGCUUAGUACUCGCUCCCCGAGACCCCUCUUCUUUACUACUUAGUUAUGCUGUUUCUAAAAUGUCCUUACCAACCAAAGGGUGAUAGAUGGAAGCUACUCCGAAACCACCGUAAUUACCAUCUUAAAACAGGAAAAGACUUGGGGGGGGGAAACCCGUCAAAAAUGUUGUCAUUGUGCUAUUUGGUUGCCACGAAGAAAUUCAUUUUGAAUUGGAGAGAACUGGUGGGCUCUUUGAGUAUGUUUCGCUUGACACAUUUAAUUAGGAGUUGAUAAUGAAAAAAAAAUCAGAACAAGUUUGGAACACCGCCUUCGAAUUUACUAACAAAUCUGUAUGUGUGUCAGACGAAGGUAAACUGCCAUGAAGCGAAAGAAGACCAACUAAAAGGAUGAGAAGAGAAGCUGUACGUACUUGGAGUUGGGGGGCAAGAACAUCUUGGGGACUAGUAUUUCCUCAGAGACCUUUAGAGCAAAUAAAACUUUC